AUGGCGGAUAACGAUUUUAAAGAAGAGCGCGAUGAUAGGCGCGAGGACCGACGUGACGACAGACGCGAUCGUGGUGGUUAUCGAGGGAACAACAAGCGCCGCCGUGACGAUGACAACGACAACUACUACCGCGGUGACGAUCGCCGUGGGCCCCAGAGACGCCGCCACGAUGACGGUCCCCGUCGCCGAUACGAGGAACCCCCAUUCCCAAAACUGAGGAGAUUGCUUCUCAACAUUGCCAGCUCCACCAAGCUACCGCAAGAUGAAGCCAUUGAAAUCGCAAAGUACUUUGGAGAGCACUUUGACGACGAGCGUCUCCGCUCAGACUUCUUCGAUGUCCUAGUCCAGCUUAUUGUCGAGCAACCAUUCAAGAUUCCAUUUGUUGCAGCCGUUGCCUACUACGCAAACGACGUCAAGCCAGAAAUUACAAUCGAGGCCAUGAAGCGCGUUUCGGACCGGGCACAGGCGGCUCUCAACGCUGGAGAGUGGAAAGAGUUCAAACUGCUUCUCAGGUUUUUUGCCUGUCUGCAGUCGCUGUAUGAGGAUGACGGCGUCUUUACCUUCCUUAGUCAGCUCUUCGACACGGUUGUAGACCUGCAGAGUGCUAACGAGAACGAUGUUGUCGGUAUCGAACUCGUCAAGAUCAUCCUCCUUACCAUCCCUUACGCACUCGUAGCUGGAGGAGAGCGCUUCCACGAGCAAGCAAGGCAACUGCUGAAGAACACAGGCAUCGUGGCAAGCAACAUGGUUCCCAUCGAAAGCCUUAUCCACUCGUACGUUGGCGAUUUCGAGUCGAAGCCAGUCAGCUACAACAGCGUCAUUGGCCUCCUUCAGGCGCAGCUUUCGGCUGAAGCGGAUUCUGGAUUCGAGCUCAGGUGCAUUCCACGCGUUGACCCCGAGGCACUACGUAUCAUGAACGCCAAGGAAGAAGACGCUUUGCCUACAGCUCCUCAGACGCACACUUUCCCCACAUUCACUAUUCCAUCUCCCGUCAACCCUGGCCCAAGGCCUGUCUUUCCCGAGGCCUACUUUUCCCUCUUCGCCGACCAGGAAGUCGAUACCGUACCUAAGACCACUGACAUUGCGUCAUCUCUUGUACGCGAUGCUAUCGUUGACACCAUCAACCAACUUGACUUCAACCGAGAGAUGGUUGCCAAGUUCCUCGUCGAUGUGGACUGCUACUGGUCUGUCGACAUUUUCGCUAAGCGUGGCUCGCCCUUUGACAAGUUCCGCGAGCUGGUCGGCGACAAGAUCCAGUACAAGUCUGAAGAUAUGAUCAUCGAUGCCAUCUUCUCACAACUGUUCAAGCUGCCGAGCGCCGAACACAAGCUUGUCUACUACCACUCACUCAUUACUCAGUGCUGCAAAGUUGCACCCGCUGCCAUUGCACCGUCACUUGGAAGGGCCAUCCGUACGAUUUAUAAGAAUCUGCCCAUGAUGGAUCUUGAGCUGGGCUAUAGGUUUCUCGACUGGUUCUCGCACCAUCUCAGCAACUUUGAGUUCCGAUGGAGGUGGACUGAAUGGCUUGAGGAUCUCGAGCUUUCGAAUCUGCACCCAAAAAAGGCAUUCAUUCUUGCUACCUUGGAUAAGGAAAUCAGAUUGUCGUUUGCAAAGCGCAUUCGUUCGACUCUGCCAGAUCCUAUGCACUCUUUGAUUCCCGAGCGCCUAGACGCGGACAACAGUCCCGAUUUCAAAUACGACAACCCAGAUACCCCAUACGCUGUUGAGGGUCAGACCUUGCUCAACCAGCUGAGGAAGAAGGCUACGGCAGAAGAAGUGCAAGUCACAAUUGAUAGCAUUCAUGAGAAGGCUGUUGCACAAGGUGUUGGAGAAGUUCUCGUACCUUCAACUGAUGCUUUUGUCACCGCCAUCUGCCGUCUGGGUGCCAAGUCGCUGUCCCACGUUCUGUCUUGCAUUGAGCGAGGCAAGGAUCGUCUUUUGGAAAUUUCUCAAAACGAGACGGCACGUCGUCAGAUUGUAGCGAGUGUGGUUGAGUACUGGAAAGACCAGCCAGGUGUCGCCGUCCGUAUUAUUGACAUCCUGCUCAACUAUACCAUUCUUGCGCCAAUGACGGUUGUGCAAUGGGUGUUUGGUAGCCACAUGGGCGCCGGAGAGGCUUUGACUGAGAGCUGGGUUUUCGAGAUGGUGUCCAACACAGUCGCCAAGGUCACCAACCGCAACCGCCAGAUCGCAUCCGCCCGUCUUCAAAAGGGUCUUCCGCAGGAGCAGAUUGAGAUGGUGGAAGCUACACUAGCCAAGGACAGAGACAACGCCCGGGAACUGUUCAAGUACAUUGAGGACUCUACACGCGGCGUCGCAGAGGGUUCUGCCGACACAAUGCUCGAGAAGUCUUCCAGCGGCGCGUUGACUGAAGAGGAGGUUGAACUUAUCAAGGCCUGGGGUAAGCGUUGGCACACUGUCUUCAUCCGCAAGGCUCAGGUUGAAGAGUCCGUCGUCGGAGAAGAGGCUGUCGAAGCUAGGAUUAAGCUUCUUGCUUCUGAGCCUGACCCGGUUCCUGAAAGCAUGGAGCAGGAUGGUGAAGGUGUCGCGGAUGCCACCAAUGAUGACGUGAAGAUGUCUGUUCCCUAG